AAGCAAUCAAGAAAAUGUUGCCGGAAGAGCUGGAAGUCUUGGUAGGGAAGGAUCAGAGAAAGCGGACAUUCAUGGUCGAUGAGCGACGUUGCCGUGGCCACUCAAAGGUGCUGGAGAGAAGUCUGGCGAGCGGGAGGACCAGGAAACCGGGGCUUGUGCUUCCUGCUGAAGACCCAAAAUGCUUCGCGCUCUAUCUGCGCUGCUUGGCUGUCGACAGACCAGACUUCCUGAGUGCCAUGGAUACCCUAACGAAGUGUGAAAAUGGCAAAUUUGUGCCUGUCAACGAAGCAGACAGCAGAGACGCGAUGCACAAGCUCUGUGAGCUAUGGAUCUUAGCUUCUCAUUUGGAAGAUCUAAGGAUGCAGAACGCGAUCAUGGACGCCAUAAAUGCACUACGACUGGCCAUAAGCCUACGCACGGCAGAGAUGGUGAUCGAAAAGACCGCAGUCGGAUCUGGACUGAGGCGAUGGAUUGCGGAUCUCCUUGCUGAGGCUAUGACGACCGACUGGCUGACACAAUGGAGCCGAGAGGUGUCUAAGGAGCUGCUCAUUGAUUGGUUACAUGCUUCCGUGCAGUCUCGAGAGGAGAAGGCCAAGGCUGGCACAACAAUUGCUGCUCGGCGGCCUGAUCAUUACCAUACGCAUUAAAAGGUCAUGCGGCAAGUUGGGCGAUCUGUUGCACCUGCGAGAGUUCGAAUCUAGUGAUUGAAUCGGCAAAGCUUCGCAGGAUUCUCGAGACGUAGAUUUUGCUCGAGUAUGUUAAUCAUCUCCCUCGUCUCUUUCU